AUGGGUGUUUUUAUGGUAAUAAGAACCAUUUUUGCUAUUGUUCUCAUAUUGGCUGAGGUUUUCAUCAUUUGUUUUACUGGAGAACAUCUUAAUUACAAAAGUAAAUCAAUUGUCAAUGCAGCAUACGAAUUGACGUGGUAUGAUAUACCGUCACAUCAGAGUAAAAUGUUAAUACUAAUAAUAAUGAGAUCUCAGAAGCAACUGACAAUAUCGGCAGGAAAAAUGAUGGAUAUGUCAUUCGAAACUUAUACAAACGAAAAAAGAUAUUUCUGCGGAGAUCGUCGGAUGUUUUCGGACAUUGACCCUUUAUCAACAAGUUAUGCAUUCAAUAUGUAUAGACACAUAUUCUGGAUAUAAGCAUAUUUGAAACUAAAUAUUUAUGACUUCAA